UGGAAACAGCCUGGGACCUUUGUUCUGAAAUUUCAACCCCUUUUGCCCCCGCUCUCACAAUACCUUCCAUUGCUUUCUACGCAUUUCCAUCACUUAUUUUUAUGCCCCAUGUUGAAAUAAUAAAAAACCAAAGAAUAAGACAAACAUCAAUCAAUUUACUUGAAUGAAUAUGAUCCUGGAAAUGUUACAUUAAAUGACAGGCCCCAGGGGACUGUCAGAAUUUCCUCUGGUGGUUUAAAUUAUUUAUAACUAGCAACAGCUGUGACCUCAUGUGCUCCCGCAUGUCAUGUCUCUUGGGGAAAUGGAGCCUUGUAGCUGAGAAUGUUAUUUCUUUAUACUGUUUCAUUAAGUUUACGAGUUCCCUGCAUUUCUUUCUUGCUGUUUUGUGAAUAUACUUCAUAAUAAAUUGAGAGUUUGCUGUUGCAGAAAGGGUGCAUAUUUCUGCACAAAUUUGAGUGCUUGCAAAUUCCUUCCAGACUGCAGAACAAUAUUGCCAAUAGUUCAAUAUAAAAAUACCUUUGAAUAUCGUUACAGGAUUACGGUGUAUUGACGGUAUAACUAAUAUAAAAGCAAAAUGGAUGACGAAUCUCUGUACGAAGAAUCUCCGUACAUAGUGGUGGAGCCACUUAAUCCAAACGCAAAAAACAAGCCUAUUGUAUGGAUGACAUGGGCUAAGUUGACAAGGUUCAUGACUGAUUUUGGCCACAAAACUUCGAAAAUGCAAGACCCACAGGUUACCUUUCGGGAUGAAUUAAAUAGUCCAAGUAUUAGGAACCGCAAAACCCAGACUGAGGAAAUUGAGAAUAAAAGCGACUCCAGUUGUAUCACAACCUUUCGGGAUAAAUUAAACAGUCUGAGUAUUAGGAACCGCAAAACCCAAACUGUAAAAAUUGAGAGUAAAAGCGACUUCAGUUGCAACACAGAAAUUGGGAAAGAAGACAUGAAAGCAAUGGUAUUGAAAUUGAAUGCAAUGGUUGGUAAGGGAUCUCAUGUAGAUUUGCUAAUGCAAACUAAAGAAGCAGACAGAAGACGACAUAUGGAAAUUUUUAAAUACGAAAUAGAAUUGGUGAAUUGUCAUCAGAGGAACUUACAGAUUUACCUGCGAAAUAUAUCGAGGGAAAUCCCGUCAAGACUACUUAGUUUUGCAUCUAGCUACGCCGACCACAUUCUUGACAUGACAAACAGACUUACAACAGAAGACAAAGCAAAAGUCGCGAGGCAGGAUAAAGUAAUAAUGGCUGAAAACUUCAAAACAGAUCCCCGUUGGAGAUUCACUAAUGAUAUCCCUGUUAGUGUAAGAGACCCAAGGACAAAAGAUUUAGCCUGCAAAAAUACAAGUAUAAAAAUAAAAAAGGAAUUAAAGAAAUCGCCUUCAUCAAGCCGAUUCCCGGAGGAAUCGAGAAACCAUAAUAGCGACCAUGAAUCUGGUUCAAAGCGAAGGAGAUUUGAUAAGGCUGAAUGUGAACGUGUGGAGUCACCAGAAAUGGUAGUAUUGUCAACGGCUGAUAUAACACCUGAAAAUUCUCCUCCUGCAUCACCACGGGCUUCACGAAAGUCCUCGAUGUCUAGUAUGGUUGACAAUAUCUCCUCUACCGUCUCUCACUCUGACACUCUAAGGCGUAGAUUGAGUCUAAUCUCGCCGGUAACACCGCCUACCACUCCCCCCGAUGAAAUUCAGAAUAGCAAUUACCAGUCUGAUGACGAAAGCUCCCACACACCGACAAAACCGUACCCUGCAAAUCUCUCUUCUUCAAAGACGUCUAAAAAAAACACAUCCAAAAAUCGGUCUACAUCCAAUAAAUACCUGACAAAUCUGAAACUACAAAACCGUAAUAGUUAUCGUACCUCCAUUUCUCACAGAAGCUAUAAGGAGUCCAAUACCUCUCAUGCACCACGGAAACCAAGGGGCAUUUCUUUGAGGAAUCGCCAUGCCCAACGAAGUUCAAGAGGCUUGGGACUAAAGUCAAGGCCAAGAAAAGUCCCUCAAUAUCAACAUAGACCGAGAAGUCGAGCAAAUAAGCAAGACUAUCCCAGAAGGGAACGUUCGAAGUCGCACAAUUCAGAAAAUGCAGAAAAAAACGAUAAAACGCCUCCAAUGCUAAGAACUGUUAUAAUUCGAAAAAGGGAGGAGCAAACAUCACAAAGCGACCACUGGUUAGAGCCACCACGGUCUCAUGAUGCAAACUAUCAACCCGUGGAGAAAUUGAAACCUCUCAUGGAAUCGUACGACCUUAGACAAUUACAAUAUGGAGCACAGUCUCCUGAUUAUUACACAGACAAUCAAUAUUUACAGAAUCGGGAAUCUGGAAUGGAACAACUCCGCCAAAUGGAUCUGUAUUAUCCAGAUAGAUAUGAGGAAGGCAAUGACAGACUUGCAAUUGAGUGGCCGGGCUAUGGCGGUUUCAAUGAAUAUUAAUUGCAGAAAUUUCAAUGCCGUUUUGUUGGAAGGUUGCGGCGCUUGCCAGACAAAAAAUGCUAGCAAUUCGUGAACUGUUCUAUGUACAUAAUGUGCUUUUCAUUGCACAUCACAUCGAUAUACAGACUUCGGUAUGUGCACUUUAUUCAUACCUUUUGCUGUGUACAAAGCCGCAUACAAAAUACCGGCACUGCCCAACCAUUUUAUUACUCUCUUGGUAAAUUGGUUAGCAUGAAAUUUAAAGAAGGAUUGAAGUUUCCGCUAGGAGGAAUAAAAGAUUUGUAAACAAGAUUUUUUGUCUUUGAACAUCGGGUAAACCACUGUAGACUCUGCUUGAUAUACGAGUUGAUAAAACUACCGUAACUUAUCUUUAUUUAUAUCAUUUGAUAAAGAGUUCCAGUCUGCUUGCCAGAUAAAAAAAUUUGAGCAGUGAGAAGCGCUCAACUGAAGUAGUAUAAAAAAUCUUCUUGAACUGUUGGUGUUGGUUAUAUGCUGCGUUGGUUGAAAUGACACCAUUUAAAAAAAAAAUUGCAUAAAAAUAAUAAUUCUAAAUCGGUAUGGAUGAAAUGGACGCAAACAAAAUAUAUUAUUUGGUGGUUCAAUAUCACUGGAGUAAACUGGAAAACAACCCAGGGCCGCGCGUAUCAAACUUUCAUGAUCAUGGACCCCAUUCCAAUAACUCCCGCAACACUUGUGUCCUGCCUCAGGCCAGAGAAGGAUAACUUCUGCAAGUGAGUUUAAGAAACCCCAGCCAAUGAAUUUUCAUAUUAAUAAAGAACGUUACUGCUUUUUAGUAUUCAUCAACCGAUACAUGAGCAUCUGUUUAAAAGAUUGUUACAAUUAAGAUGUUGAUUGUUACACGUUAACCCACUAUGGACUUGGUCUGUUCCAAGUUGGACUUGAUGCUAUAUCUCAUACAACAAAGCUUGCUCAUAGUGAGAGGUUACAGUAUGACUGCCUUACAAAUUGCCAAAAAAAAACUUAUUGCCCAGGGAAUAUUUGUAUACAUUUGUGUGACUGGUUGUGUGACAUUGUACAUAAUUUUUUUUUGAAUCAGCAAUUGGGAUUAUCUUUUUAUUUUGUGCCUUUGUUUUUGUGUAUGCAUUUUGAACUGCCCACUUCACAUUAACUAUCAUGACAUACUUUAUUUAACACUUCUGAUUUUUCACAUAAUUUUAAGUUUUACUUCACAAUAUUCUUCAGUGUAAGAGUGCUUUUUUAGUUCAUUUGAGGUUUCUUAGUUUUCAUUGUUCCAGGUUCUAUAGUCUGCCAAUAGCACACACAGUGUUUACAAUUCUCACUUGUUUUCCUUACUCAGAAUUUUAAUACAUACUUAGCAUGCAUACUA